UGCAAGCUCUUAAACCCUUCCCCUCGCUCUCUCCGGACCGGAAGGCCAAAAAAAUGUCCUCUCGCCUCGUUCGCGUUCCCCAAUGUCUCUCCCGCCUCUUCUCCUCCUCUGGAAACCCUAACCCUAAUCCCUACCCGAAGCGCCUGAAGACCACCGUCAAUUACCUCUUCCGGGAGCACAACCCCGACAAGCUCGUCGCCGCCUUCAAGAAGUCCUCCGAGUCCUACCGCUUCCGCUGCAAGCACCGCAUCUACGAGAUCACCGUCCGCCGCCUCGCCGCCGCCGGCCGCCCCGACGCCGUGGAGGCCAUCCUCGAGGAACAGAAGCGCUACCCCGACGAUAUCGCCCGCGAGGGCUUCGCCGUCCGCCUCAUCUCCCUCUACGGCAAGGCCGGCAUGCCCGCCAACGCCGCUGCCACCUUCGACCAGCUCCCCGCCCUUGGCUGCCCCCGCUCCGUCAUGUCCUUCAACGCCCUCCUCAGCGCCUGCGCCGACGCCGGCGACUCCGACCGAAUGGCCGCAGCCUUCCGGGAGAUCCCUGCUGCCGACCCCUCCAUCGUCCCCAAUGUCUUCUCCUACAACAUCCUCAUCCGCGUCCUCUGUGAAAAGGGCGAUCUCGAUGCGGCCUUCAAUGUAUUGAGCCUCAUGGAGAACAAUGAGGUCGCCCCUGAUUUGAUCUCCUUCAAUACUCUCUUGAAUGGUUUCUAUUCAAACAAGAGAUUCUCCGACACUGAAAAAAUUUGGACUUUAAUGGGUGAGAAAAAUAUCGAGCCGGAUAUCAAGAGCUUCAAUGCAAAGCUGAGAGCACUGGUUUCAGAAGGGAACACUUCGGAGGCAGUGGAGCUUGUCGAUGAAUUGAGUCGGGUUGGACCAAAGCCCGACACUUUCUCUUUCAAUGCUCUGAUCAAAGGGCACUGCCAAGACGGGAACUUGGAAGAGGCCAAGAGGUUGUACCUGGAUUUGACGAACAAUGGCUGUGCUCCCAACAGGGGGACCUUCGAGACACUGAUCCCUAGUCUUUGUGAGGCUGGGGACCUCGACCUGGCUCUCAAAUGUUGUAACGAGAGCAUGAGCCGCCGCUGUGUUGUGGAUGCGUCAAUGUUGCAGGAGGUGGUGGAAGGGCUGGUUAAGUUGUCGAGAGUGGAGGAGGCUAAGAAGCUUGUGGAGCUUGGGCGGAGGAAUUAUUAUUCACGAAAGGACCUGGGAAUGCCUUCCCCAUCUUGAGUCUCCCAGCUUCUUUGCUGGAUUUUCGAUGAAGAGUAAUGGCACGUCCAGUAAAGGACCUUCGCUUUACUGAUCCCUAGCCUUUGCAGGCUCAAUUAUCUGCUAUUCUGCUUGAUUAUACCACAAGAUCAGCUUGUUGGCUGGAUUUUUGAUGAAGAGUAAUUGCACUUCCAGUAAAGGGCCUUCGGUGCGUUGUUCUGCAGCCUCUACGGGCUUGGGGAGCUCGACCUGGCUCUCAAGUGUUGCAGGGGGGUGGUGGAUGGGCUGUUUAAUAUUUUAUAGUGAAGGCUUAGAAACUCAUGGAUUUACAAAAGGAAAGGACCUGAGGAUGCCUUCCUUAUCUUUAGUCUCAUAGGUAAAUCCAUUUCCUCAUCGUGAUAAUUCAUGUACUAUGAACUAUGUGCUGUUAGCAUCUUGUUGUUUUGAUGCUUUGGAAUCUAAUCAGACAUUGUUCUACAGAAAAGGAAAUGACUUUCUUCA